AUGAAGGUACCAAAGGUAACAGGGAUAUUUUUGGUGGCAUUAACGUCAAUAUCUGUGCUCAAUUUCUUAUUGAAGUAUUAUACCUAUUUUUUACUCAUGGUAUCUUCAUCAAAGAAUUCUGCUCAUGAUGUUAAUAAUAUAGCAGAAGAAACAGGUGAAAUACCACACCCUCAUGAAUUAUACGUACCUUUAUUAACAUUUAUACCCACAAAAUCACCGGUAUUAUCUAGACCUUGGGUUUUGGUGACGUCCAGUUUUGUAGAAGAGAAUUUUUUAGGAUUAUCAAUGAGUGUUUUAACAAUAUUUUAUCUAGGGAAAUACUUAGAAAAUAUGUGGGGUGGGAAAGAUUUCACUAGAUUUUUAAUAGCUAAUUUACUUAUCGGAAAUGUGACCAUGUACUUAUAUUUCAAAGUUCUUCAUAUCAUAGUAGAUUUCAAAGAAGUUCCACCGGUUGUAGAAACUCCUAUGGCUAUAAUAAUGGGACUUUUUGUUGCUUUGAAACAAAGGAUCCUGCAACAUUAUUUCUUAUUUUUCAAGGGUUAUUUAAGAAUUAAAGUCAACUAUUUACCAUUUUUGAUCAUUACCAGUUUUUUCAUCUUACAACUCAUUAGUGAAGAAUUCAGAAUUUCCUUUGAUUUAUCAAUAAUUGGAUUUAUUACCAGUUGGAUUUAUCUUCGAAUGUUUAAAGAAGGUACAAAUGAAAGACAAUCAUAUUUAUUACCAUUUUCACUUAGUCGUAAAAGAUCUAAUAAAGUUAAAAAAGUGAAGAGAUCAACUACUAUCGACUCAAAUACUACCAGUGCCAAUAGUAGUCACAUAGAUUUGGACCAAACAUCAAGCUUGCAUAUAGAAACAACUACCAUCAAAGGUGACAGAAGUGAACAAUUUGCAUUAUAUACUUUCUUUCCUUCGCCUUUAUCGUUCAUUGUUAAGAUUAUAUCGAAUUCAAUAUUCACAUUAUUAUGUAAAUACCAUUUUUUGGAUCAUAAAGAUUUCCUUACCGAAGAUAUAGAUGAUGAUCAGUAUAUGUUUGAAGAUAUGGAUAAUCUACAAUCGAAAUUAUUUGGAUUAUCAACAUUAAAUGGAGCUCAAAAUGUCUCACCCAUUGGUAAGACUAAUUCAAAAAUUACUGAUUUAUGGAACUGGUUGACUAAUAAAACUAUAAAGAAGUCCAUAAACUCAAGUAUGGAAAAGAGAAGGAAACAAGCAUUAAAACAAUUUGAAUAA